GGGUUGCAUAUUGUAAUUUGUAAACUGUAAUGGCAUACGUACCCCCGCAUAAGAGGCUGUCAAAGGGCGGCGCCGCCUCAUCUCCGCCGUCCCCAGCGCCACCGCCGGAGUCAGCAAUCCCUCGCUUCCAGAGGAAUCUGAAUCUGGUGUCGAAAAAUAAUCCUAAGAAAAUCGUGUACGCUGAAAAUGCUAUAUCUAAAUGGGUCGUCGUCGGACUGAGCGACGAGUCAAGGGUUUCCGAGUUGACUCGCCUCGAGCCGGUGGAUGUGGAGUCCGUUGACCGAAAAUCCGGUGAAAAGCCUCUUGCUCUAGUGCUCAAAGAAAAUGUUGACAAGGCAAGUGAGCUGUCAGAAAAUCCGUGGAUUUUUGUUUCUGAAACAGUGAAGCACGACUUGUUUUCAUCUAUUCGGCGAGUGAAAGAGAUGACGGGAAACGAGUUCGGAGAAAUAAAACCUACUCUCGUUCUUCGAUUCGGAAAAAUUCAUUUCCAUGGGAACCGUUCGUAUACACGAGAAUCCAUGAAAGGAAGCUCUCUGCAUGGAGGCACUUUGAAACAAUUGCACAAAUCAUUUUACACAAAUCUUCCCGCUGCGUAUGUCGAAUACAUUACAAGCAACGUAGUCCCGAAAUUCGAUUUCGAGUUUGAGGAGAAGGAGUUAUACCACGUAAAGUUGUCUGACAACACACAACCUGAUUCAACCAUAUCGUGUAAGUGUGCUGUUUCCAAAGACACAAACGAACUCGAACUUUGCAAGAUUGAGUUGAACCGAGUGCGCCACCUGGUUGUAGAUAUGUCCUGUCCCGAUAAGAACCUCGAUUUGAGGCUGAUGCUUUGCACGAAGAGAAUUUUAUCAGCCUUAACAGAUGAAGAGGUCGAGAAAAUAAAAGGGCUGAUAAAUUCUGCCAGAUUAGAUUCAGAAGUGAAGGGUGGAUUAAGAUGGUCGUUUGGAAGUCAGUCGUCGGGCGAUCGAUACUCCGUGAUUGGAGUUUGGCAUACGAAUGCUAAAAUAUUUAGAAAUUCGUGUACGAGACUUAAAGUUCGAGUUGCAGAUAGAUUUGAUUUCAGGUCUUCGAGUGGAGAGGUUUCCAAUGAAGUUAGUCUUAAAAUGCCUGAAAUUGUCUCUCUACUAAUACGGGAGCAGACGGUAAAUAACGCCGUUGCCAUAGAAAAGCUUAAAGAGAAGUUGAAACUGAUAUGGAAGCACUUUUUAAUUGAUAGAUCUAGUACGUGAAACGAGCAGUUUGGCGUUGUAUUAAAUAUUGUCAUGUAAUGCAUUAGGCUCGAAUUUCGAGCCAAAUCCAUCGGGUCUCGAUUUAUUUUUCCCAUAUUGAUUAAGACGGCGAAAACUAAGUCGAAAAUCUCGUUUGCAUGUAAGUUGAUAAAUGCCAAAAGGAAUCAUUUCUUAAUUAGUAGAUAAUAUAAGUAAAUUUAUUGCAA